AUGAAGCUAGUUGAAUUCAGGCUUGCAAUGCCUUUAACAUUAGAAGAAUAUAAAUUAUGUCAAUUAUAUUUAGUUGCAAAAGCAUCAUUAGAAGACUCUGAAAAGAAUUUAAAUUCCGUAGAAAAAAAUGAAAAUGAAUCUAAAAAAGGAAUAGUUAUAUUAAAAAAUGAAAGUUAUAAAAAUGAAAAUGGAUUAUCAGGACAGUAUACUUAUAAAAGAAUAAAUUUACUGAAUAAAUUACCAAAAUGGUUAUUAAAUUUUAUUGAUCCUAAAUAUUGUAUACUAGAUGAAAAAUCAUGGAAUUCUUAUCCAUAUUUAAAAACAGUUUAUGAAUCAAGUGGAUUCCCAAAAGCGAAAAUUCAAGUUGAAUCAGCUCACCACAUGGGUUUUAAUACGGAAAAUAAUGCAUUAAAUAUAUCAGAAGAAUUAUUACCAUUAAGAAAGAUUAUUUUUAUAGAUAUUGUAAAUGAUAAAGUAUCAUAUAAGGAUUAUAAUCCAAAAGAAGAUCCCUCAAUAUUCUAUAGUGAAAAAGCUAAGAGGGGAAAAUUAGAUGAAAAAUGGAAGGAGAAUAGUACACCUAUUAUGACUUGCUAUAAAUUAUUUACAAUUAAUAUUCCUUAUUUCGGAAUUUUUUGUUCAAGAAUUGAAAAUUGGAUUAUUAGUUCAUUAAAGGACAAUAUUUUAAAAUAUCAUAGAAAAGCUUUUUGUUGGAUUGAUGAAUGGUUUGAUUUAACAAUUGAAGAUAUUAGAAAUAUUGAAAAAGAUGUUCAGAAGAAACUUAAUCAUUUUUGGAAUGAAUCGGAGCAAAAUAAUAUCGAUAAAACCAAUGAUAAUGAUGAUGAGAAAGAAUCUUUAAAGAGACAAGAAUGUUUCACUACUACAAAUUAUGAUAAUAAAAAAAAAAUAAUUGAAUGUGAUAAUAUUGACAUUAUAAAUAAUAAUAAUUUUGAUAAUUUAAAUAAUAAUGAAUCUACUAUAGAUACGUGUGAAAAAAAAAAAAAAAAAUCGGACAGUUUUUUCACAAACACAAAUAUUAAUUGUAAUAAAAAUGAAACGGAACACCCCUAUCUUAGCGAAUCGUUAAAUAAAGAUGCAUAUAUGAAUUUACAUAAUUAUAGUUGUAAUGCUAAUUCUUUUGUAAAUGAUAAAAAUAUUCUUUUACAAAAGGAUACUAAAAAUGAAAGUCACACAAGGAAUGAAAAAGAGUUAAUUAUACAACAUUCACAUUCAGUUAAUAUAGAUAAUAAUAAUAAUAUGGAAACACUAACAAAAAAUAUAAGUGAAAAUAAAAGAGAAAAAAAGGAGAAAAAAAAAAAAAAAGAUGAUUAUGAGAAUGAGAAUUUAAAUAAACCAAAGAAAAAUGAAUCGAGAAGAUUCUCAUAUAAUGAAAAAAAAUCAAGUAAUGAAAAUAAUGAAUCAAAAAGUAGUUUUAUAAAUUCAAGAAAAGUUAGUUUAAGAGUAAACACGUUAAAAGAAAAUAAUUUAAAUCAAAAUCAAGUCGUAGAAAAAGUUAAUAUAAAAAAAAAAAAUGAGAGAAAACAACAUAAAAAUGAAUCAGACAAUUUUUUUUUUUUCAAAAAAAAUAAUGACAGCAAUGAAUAUGGAGAGUAUUUAUAUAGAUUAAAUGAUGGAAUGUUUUACUCUUGGAAACUUAGAUAUUUUGUUAUGAAAAACAAUAAAUUAUGUUAUUAUUUAAACGACAAAAAAAGUGAAUUAAAAGGGGAAAUUGAUUUACUAAACGCACAAAUACAAUGGAUAGGGGAAUAUAAAGGAAGAAAUAGUGUAUUUGUUAUAAAUUCAUACUCUAAAAAUGUUGUUUACUUAAGUUCGGAUGAUGAAAUUCAAACAAAAAAAUGUAUGAUAGAUGUUCAAAUGGCUACUCUCUUGAAUAAUGAAAAUGUGAAAAAUGAAGUAGAAGAAGAAAAAACAAGCAAAAAAAAGUUGAGUAAUGCAAAAAAUCAUUAUUUGCCAAUAAAACAAAGUAAUAAUAAUGAAAGUGAACACACAGAGAGUAAGGAUAAAAGAAAUGAAAAAAAUGAUUUCAUAAAUAAGAAUAUUUCAUACAGUAACAAUGUGAAUGAUAAAAAUGUAAUUAACGAAAAUAUAUGUGAUGAAAAAAUAAAUGAUGAAAUCUUAUAUAAUAUUAAUAAUUACCUAAAUGAUGAAGAUAAUAAAAAUAAAAGUGAAAAUAAAGAUAUAAAUAAUGACAAAAAUUUAAAAUAUAAUAGUUUAGAUAAUGAAAAUUUUAAUGGUAGAAAUGUUAUUCAUAAAGAAGACGGUGGAUAUAGUAAUUUGAAAAAAAAUGAUAUGAUUUUUAAGGAAAAUGAAUAUAUUUUUAGUGAAAAAAUAAGAAAAAAUGAAAUAAAAGGAUCUUUUAAUGUUAAUAGUAACUAUAAUUUUUCGAAAGAUGAAAACAUUAAUAAUAAUAUUUAUGAAGAGUUAAAUUUAUGUAAGAAAAAUAAUAGUUAUAUAUUUGAUAAAAGCUAUAAUUUUCAUGAUGAUGAUGAUGAAAAAAAAAAAAAUAUAAAAUUUUCUAAUGAAGAAAAAGUAAAUGUAAAAUGUAACAUUUUAAAUGAUAUUAAAAAUAAAACAUCAUAUUUUAGUAAUUGCAAAAAUAUUGAAAAAAUUAAAUUAAAAAGCAAUAUAAUUCCUGAUGAUAUAAAACAUUUUUUUAUUAAUUUGAAUAUUGACAUUAAUGAAAUAAAUUUGAAUGGAUUACAAGAAUUAACAUAUCAUAUUAAAAAUUUCUCUAUAUAUAAGAUGAAUAAUCGAAACAAAAAUAUUGAUUUAUUUUAUUUUAUAAUUAUUAUUUUUUCUGUGUUCUCUUAUAUAUAUUCAUUUAUAACAUUGUAUAUAUAUUUUAAGACUAUCUUUUAUUUUUUGUUUUUCUUUCUUUUUUGUGUUUUUAUAUUUUCUUAUAAUGAAAAUUUAUCCUUCAAUUACUUUAAUAAUAUAUACAGGUGCUCUUUAAAUGUUCCUGUAAAUAUUAAUUAUCUGAUGAAAUAUUUGACAAGUGAUAAUAAAUAUCAUUUAGGAGAAUUUAAUAAAAAAUUAUUUAAAACUAAAAAAGCAAAUUUGUAUUAUGUUUUUAGUUCUAUUAAUAUAUAUUUUGAUAACUUUUUUUUGAGUAUGUUUUCAGAUUUUUUCAAAUCAAGAAGUGUAUUUUGUAGUCAAUAUUGUUGUAAAUAUACUAGUAAUAAUAUUAAUAACAAGAAAAAUGAAAAUAAGAGUUCAUAUAUUUUUAUUCAAUACACUAAUGAAGAUGCUAAAAAUUUUUUUCGUUUGUUAAAUUUUAAUGAAGAAAUGUAUAAUAGCAAUUUUUCCUGGAAUAACAGGACUGCUGAUUGUUUAAAUGAAAAAAAUAAUAUUUCAAAAAUGAAAACAAAUAAAAAUAUAAAGAAUAAAAUAACCAAUAUAAAUGAUGUAAAUAAUUUGAAUUAUGAAGAAUUAAGAAUUAAUAAAAAUUACACAGAAUCAUUUCAUGUCAAUAAUAAUAGUGAUGAUAAUAAAAAUAAUAGUAUAAAUAAAAUAAAUAAUGAAAUUAAUAAUGUAAACUAUAUGAUGAAAAAGAAAAGUGUUACUAUUGAUGAAAUUAAUAAUGUAAACUAUAUGAUGAAAAAGAAAAGUGUUAAUAUUGAUGAUAUUAAUAAUGAAAAUACGUUUAAUUUUUAUAAUGAUAAAAAAAAUACAAAUACUCUUUAUAUUAAAAUAAGAAAUAUUUUCUUGAGGAUUCUGUUGAAAUCAAAAUUUUUAUUUAAAUAUUUUAAAAGAAAAUAUGAUAAGUCUAUUGAUAUGGAAGGAUUUGAUAUAUUUUUAAUAAAAGAAAAAGAUGAAAAUUUAUGUGAAAUAAAUUAUUUCACUUAUUAUAAUUAUAAAUCCUGUAUUUUUAAUAAUCUUUUGAAUUUUUAUAGAUGUUUAAAUAUUAAUUCUUUGUUAUCUUAUGAUAAUUGGAAAAUCCUCAAUAUUGAAAAUUUAAGUGGGGAUAAUGAGUGUGAAGAAAUUUAUAAUGAUAAGAUAGAAAAAGACAGUUCACCAUAUAUAGAAAAAAGAAAAAUUGAAAAGGAAAUAUGUAGAAAAAUAUUAUUUAAUUUAAAUAAUGAGGAUAAUUGUAAAAAUGUUAUCCAAUAUAUUUAUGAUUUAAGUUACAAUGGAUUCCUUAAUAGUAAAUAUAUAUCACUAAUAAAAAAUGUAGAUGACGUAUUUUUUAUUAUUAAUUUAUCUAAAACCUUUUUAUAUAUAAUUGAAUACAUACGUUUAUAUGAAUUUAAACAAAUGAGUAUUAUGAAUGAAUAUAUAAAUAAUUCUAAGAAUAAUUUAGAUUUUUCGGAUAAUUUAUUCAUUUCAAAUGUUAUUCUUUUAUUGAAAUCUCUAAAUCUUUUAUAUUACACUUUUUCAAAUUCUUUUAUAUUAUCGAAAAAAAACGAAAAAUUUGAAUGUUCAUAUGAUAAUUCCAAUGUCAGUAUAAAAAUGAAAAAUAGUACACCAUUAUCAUUCUUUUUGAUUGCAGAAAAUUUUAAAUCAAAAACAAAAAUUACUUCUGAUUUAAAUUUAGCAACUCUUUGUAAUUUUGAUGAAAUUAAAUUAAUUAUUGAAAAUGAAAUUUACAUAAAAAACAAUAAUUAUCAAAUAUGUUUAAGGUAUCCAAACAUUUAUUUAAAAAAUAUUAUGCAUGGUCAUUUACGUUUUUCUUUUUCUGAUAAAUUAGUUAUAAAAGAUUCUUUAAAUAAUUGUGCUGAUAUCAUGUUUAUAGAUAAAUCAAAUUAUAACGGACAAUUUUUUGGAGUUAUUAAAAGAAGAGAAACAGUUACAGAUAUUUUGAGGGGGAAUAUUUUUGAUAAAAUAAUUCUGAAUGAAGAUAAAGAAUUCAGUGGUAUAGAGGGAAUUCAAAUAAAUAUGAUACAUAAAAAGAAUAUAAAAAAUUCAACUACGUUAAGCUUAGAUUACCAAAAAUUAUCACAUAUAAUAGAAGAAAAAUGCAAAAUAAAACAGAACAAAUAUUAA